AGAGAGCAAGCGGUGAAAAAUACAGAAGAGGGUCAAGUACCAGCAUGGAGCCUAGCGCGAGACACGGUGGCCAUGAAGAGGAGGAGGAAAAGGAAGAGGAGCAGCAGAAGGAGGGGGAGGAGAAGAGGGAGGAGGAGGAAGAAGAGGAAGAAACAUCUGCAAAUGCAGGAUCCUGUCGAACCUGUCACCCGACAACUGGAGUGACUGUUUCCAUGAUAACACUUACCAUCGUCACCACUGGACUCCUCUUGUCCCUGGUGUUAUGUGCCACGUGGGGAGCAGCACCACAGGGUCAUCUGACCCCCGGCUCCUCAGGAGACGAGCUGGUGGAGCGACUGCAGCAGUGUCGGACGGAGCUCCAUGAUAUGGGCCUGAUGCUCCAGACUGUCACUCAAGACUCCAGAUGCAGGGUGUGCCCCGGCGGUUGGCUUUGGUGGCGGCAUCACUGUUACUACUUCUCUGUGGGGCUUGAGGAAAACCGCCAGUGGAGUGGGAGCGCAGAGUUUUGUCGGGGACACAACGGCAGCCUGGUCGUGAUUAAGGAUUCUGCAGAAAUGGAGUUUAUCCAAGGUGUGAUGAGCCGGUUCCCCCACUUCCCCUUCCUGUGGGUGGGACUGACGGACGCCCAGCAGGAGGGACACUGGCUGUGGGGAGACGGGACGGACGUCCAGCACUACAUGCCGUUGGUGGUGGACUGGGACGCUGAUCACAGGGACUGUGCCGACCUGAGGGGGGGCGGGAGUCUCUUCGCUGCAGACUGUGAUGCAUACGGGCCGUGGGUUUGUGAGAGAGAGUCCUGACCGGCUGCACACACAACCAACACACAACUUUAUAUUUUAUUACCUCACAACGUGCUGAUAGAAAAAUAUAAUGCAUCUCCAGUCACACUUAAUGCAAAGCUACUAAUUUCUUUGAAUGAAAAGUGAAAGAAAUGUGUCCAAGAAGUUUUAUAUUCUAAUAAAUACGAUUUACACAUUUAAUUAUAACUUUCCUCUGUGAAAUGUAUAGACAUUAAGUGUUUGCUGUGUAUAUAUGGAAGUGCAUGUGUGUAUGUCUGCAUGUUCAUGUAACUGUCAGAGAAAAGACUCUUUAAAUACUUUUUCUUUAAAAAUGUAUUGUUUAACAUAAUUCUUUUAAUAUAUACUCUUUUUAGCUUUUAUAGUUUUUGUCAGCUUGUUAUAAAAAAAUCAUAAUUUCUAACAUAUAUGUAUUUUUUAUUGUGCUAUGAUCAGUAAACUUUUUCUUUUGUUGUAUCGU